AUGCUUCCUACAUAUGCUCGCUUUCUGACUGCGGCGUGCGCACUUGCGACUACCGCCAACGCUGUGGCCCACGUCGAGGUUCAAGGCAAGGAUUUCGUCAACACUGAAACGGGGGACCGCUUUCAGAUUCUGGGUGUCGAUUACCAACCUGGUGGUUCUUCAGGCUUCACGGAGAAAAAGGAUCCUCUCAGCGAUCCCAAGGAAUGCUUGCGCGAUGCUGCUCUUCUGCAGCGACUGGGAGUCAACACCAUCCGCAUCUACAACCUGUCUCCAGGCCUGGACCACGACGAGUGCGCCUCCAUCUUUAACGCGGCCGGUAUCUACAUGAUCCUCGAUGUUAACUCCCCCCUGUACGGCGGUUCCAUUGACCGCACAAGGCCCAAGGAGACCUACCAUGAAGGCUACUUCAGGCAAGUCUUUGGUAUAAUUGAGGCGUUCAAGGACUUCCCCAAUACUCUGGCGUUCUUCGCCGGAAACGAGGUCAUCAACGAACAGAGCGUCAAGAGCGUGCCUGCUUACAUUCGUGCUGUUCAACGUGACAUGAAGGCCUACAUCAAGAAGCACGUCAAGCGCAGCAUCCCCGUUGGCUACUCCGCUGCCGACAUUCGCCCCAUCCUGCUGGACACCCUCAACUACUUCAUGUGUGAAGACGACAAAGAGUCGGGAUCCAAUUCCGAUUUCUUCGGCCUGAACUCGUACUCUUGGUGCGGAGACUCUAGUUUUACGAAGUCCGGCUACGACGUCCUGACUAACGACUUCCGUAACGCCUCUAUUCCCGUUUUCUUCUCCGAGUAUGGAUGCAAUGAAGUCCAGCCCCGUUACUUCUCCGAGGUACAGGCACUUUAUAGCAAGGAAAUGUCCCAGUCUUUCUCCGGCGGUCUGAUCUACGAGUACACCCAGGAAGCCAACGACUACGGUCUUGUCAAGUUGAACAGCAACGGCACCGCGUCCCUGCUGGUUGACUACGACAACCUGAUGAAGCAGUAUGCCAAACUGGACAUGAAGCAGGUCGAGGCUGCCAACAAGACCCAAACCUCCUACAAGCCCCCCAAGUGCCAAUCCAGUCUCAUCCAGAAUAGCACAUUCCUCGAUGGCUUUAAGCUUCCUUCUCGCCCCUCUAAGGUCCAGGAUAUGAUCGACAACGGUCUGAAGGACGCCAACACCGGUAAACUGGUCGAUGUCAAAUCAAAGGAUGUUCCCCAAACAAUCUAUGACCCCAACGGCAACGAGAUCAAGGGCAUCCGCCUGACCGCUCUAACUAAGGGUGAAUCCAACGCCCCUGGCAAGCACACCUCGGGUGAAGCCAAGUCCGACAAAUCCAAUUCUACCGAUGACACCUCUAAUUCUAACAAUGGCACCUCCAAUUCUACGGGAAAGAUAUCCGUGUCUUUCUUGGGCUUAGUGGGCGCUUCUCUUGUGGCCCUAUCCUUGUUCUAA